AUGUUCGGAAAUUAUCCCGAUUUGAGAGUUUAUUUCAAAGGAGCCGAGAAUUACAGUCCGGAAGAUGUACAGAACAGUGAACGAUUCGCUAAACAAGGUCAACGAAUAUUGCUGGCUGUUCGAAUUUUAGCCGACACAUACGACGAUCAAAGCACAUUCAAAGCAUAUGCUCGGGAAACGGUCAAUCGCCACAUCAAAUUCAAAAUGGAUCCCGCGCUCUGGAAUGUGCGUUUUAUCGCCAUUGUUAAUCAUAUCAGUAAGAGUAAUAAUAAUAAUUACCCAGGCUGAAA